CUUUCCACGAGGGAAACUUUUAUAGUUUUAUACAAAAUCUUUGCUCAAAUACCAAACUCUUCUGGCUACUUCUUCUUCUUUCUCCUCAGAUUCUCUGGACCAAGAAGAUGGAUUCAUGAAUCAAUAUAUCUCCUCUCUCUAUCUAACCUUCUGCUCUUUUGCUUCCUCGGCUUCUAGAAGCAUCAAUGGCGGAGUUUAUCUGUUUAUUCGGAAAGGACAGUGCAUCGAUUGUAAUAAAGCAACCAAAGAAGUCACCUCUGUUCUUAAGAAUGAUAGUCUUAGUGUUUGCAAUGGUCUGUGGUCUCUACAUUUGCUCUGUUUGCUUAAAACAGUUUAGUUUCCAAAGCUCCCAGCUCGUUCCAAGUCCUGUUGAUUCUCACUCAUUACACGUUCUCACUCGGAUUCAUUACCCAAAGCCACAGACGUUUAAUCGAGCUGAAUGUGGGCACAAUCCAGUGAGGUUCUUUGCGAUACUCUCGAUGCAGAGAUCAGGAAGCGGUUGGUUCGAAACGUUGCUGAACAGCCACGACAACGUGAGUUCCAACGGAGAGAUCUUCUCGGUUAUGGAUCGAAGAAAGAACGUGUCUUCGAUCGUCGAGACUCUCGAUAGAGUUUAUAAUCUCGAUUGGUUCACGAGCGCUUCGAAGAACGAAUGCUCUGCUGCGAUUGGGUUCAAAUGGAUGCUUAACCAAGGCUUGUUGGCUAACCAUGUGGAGAUUGUAGAUUACUUUAACCGGAGAGGCGUCUCGGCUAUAUUCUUGUUCAGAAGGAAUCCUCUGAGAAGAAUGGUUUCUCUGUUGGCAAACUCUUAUGACCGUUUCGCUAAGCUGUUGAAUGGAACUCACAAGUCUCAUGUCCAUUCUCCUGAAGAGGCAGAUGCACUUUCUAGGUACAAGCCUGUUAUUAACUCGACAUCAUUGAUCCAUGAUUUACAAGAAACAGAGAGUUUAGCGGCAAAGGCUUUGGAGUAUUUCAAUACCACUCGUCAUAUGGUUGUUUUCUAUGAAGAUCUGAUAACAAAUCGAACGAAGUUGAAGCAAGUUCAGGAGUUUUUGAGCAUUCCUGUGAAGGAUUUGUCAAGCAGACAGGUGAAAAUACACAGAGGAGAUUUGUCGGAUCAUAUCAAGAAUUGGGAAGAUGUAAACAAGACAUUGAAUGGGACCGAGUACGAGAAGUUUCUAAUAGCAGAUUACUAGUUUUUUUGGUUAUCUAAUGACUCUUUCUUCUAUAUUUGACUAAAUGUUUUGCGAAA